AGUCUCAGUUUGUUUCUUAAUGUUUCUCACAGUCUCAGUCGGUUUGUUUUAAUCAGUUAAUUUAAAUCACUUCAGGAUUAAAUUCAGGUUCAAUUCAAACUCAAAUUGAAUCAACAGGCGUUUCCUGAUGACGUCAUGGCGACCAAGACUGAACAACUUCUGAUUGUUGUGUCUAUUCUGGAAGGUCGUCACUUCCCGAAGACUCCUCGUCUUAGUCUCGUGGUUCAGGCGAACUUUGACGGAGAGCAGCUCGCCACAGACCCGGUGGAGCACAGAGAGCAGCCGCAGUUCAGCACCGAGCUGGCCUGGGAGCUGGACCGCAGGACGCUGCACCAACACAGACUUCAGAGAACUCCCAUCAAGCUUCAGUGUUUCACUGUUGACUCCGUCAGCAAGAAAAGAGAUUGUGUCGGCUACAUCGUCCUGGACCUGCGCUCCGUACAGGAAGUCAAACAGGAGCCUCGCUGGUAUCCACUGCUGAGCAGUAAAUACACCAAACAGAGGCCAGCGCUCCUCCUCGCCGCGCUGCUGGAGAACGACGCCAAGUCCUCUGAGCCUUCUCCUGAUAGGUUCAAAGCCAGGAAGGCCCCGCCCCGACAAGGUUCUCCUGCAGCAGCUGAGCUGCUUCCAGACAAACUGGAGGCUGAACUGAUCUCAGACCAGGGUUACCAUCAGGUCGGACCUGCAGAUCACUGCACCGACAUGUUCGUCCUGUCCAUCACUGUGGCCUUCGCCACUAAACUGGAACAGUUGAUCCCCAGCACCAUGAAACUUUCAGCAGGGGGGUCAGAGUUCUUCUUCUACUACUCUUUACUGGGCAACGACAUCACCAGCGAGCCGUUUCACAACCUGCUGACCCCCGACUUUGAGCCCGAGCGCGCCUCAGUGCGCAUCCGCAGCAGCAAACAGAUCCUUCAGACCUUCCUGUCCCAGCAGCCCAGUUUACAGAUCCACCUGUGCUGUGGGAAUCACUCUCUGGGCAGCACCGACGUGUCUCUCUCAGCUCUGGCUGCAGUUUCUGUGGAUCUCGAGAGCAAAGGAGCGACGAUGGAGGGAGCGUUUGUGCUCAAACCUCCGAAACGCAUCAAACAGACGCUGCCUGCCCUUCCUGCCGACCUGCAGCCGACCGUCGGGGUGGCCGUUACUCUGAGGAGAGAGGAGGCAACGCCACAGUCUUUAGGAAAUAAAGAAGGAAGUGGAGCUCAGACAAAGUCCCUCCCUCCUCCCUCAGUUCCUCCUGUUGAACAAAGACCUCGAUGCUCGUCUCCAGUGCAAAAACCUCCCGACUCUCCUCCCCCCGGUCCUCCUCUUCCUCCUGCUUCCUCUCAUACAGAGAGCGAGGCGGAGAGUCUCCUGGAGGAGCUUCAACGAGGCAAAGAACAGACGAGAGCGACAGAUGCAGAUGUUCCCGUGCAGCUGCAGAGUCGGGCCGCAGCCGCAGCCGAGGGCGGAGCAUCGUCUGUCAGCAUUUCUGCUCCUAAAGUGUCCAUCCCCUCCUCCGCCCAUCACUUCUGCUUCUCUCUGGACCUCCGGAGCCUGAGAGGCCUCAGCCUGAUUCACCCCAUCGCUGCUACGCUCAGAUACUCGUAUCAGUUCUUCGGCAGCGCAGCUCCCAUAAUGACCAGCCCUCCUGUGGAGCUGCUGAGGAACACGGAGGUGUCGCUGCCUCAGUCUUACUGCGCCUUCGACUUUGCUGCUUUACCGCAGCAGCUGCAGGACACGUUUCUCAGAGUUCCUCUGGUGGUGGAGCUGUGGCACAAAGACUCGUCCAGCAGAGACCAGCUGAUGGGACGAGCCUCCGUCCAACUGUCCCACCUGCUGAGCUCUGAGAGGAGCAGAUUCCAGACGUCCACAGGAGAUCAGAGCUGGAGACAAACUCAUCAGGACCGAGUCCCUGUGGUGAAAACACACCGUCCCUCGGAGAAGGUCGCAGAGUUGAGCUACGUGGCGACUCUGGAAGACCUGGGACUGGUCAAAGCCAGAGAGGUCAUCCUGUCCGACUCUUCACAGAUUGAACUUGAAGCCCCCACACCACCACCCCCCCACCCUGCACCACCCAGCCUGCCCAACGCCCCACUGGGCCCCGCGGCCCCCAGAGACACCCUGGAGUACCGCACGGCCCUGGAGCUGGAGCUGUGGAAGGAGGAGCAGGAGGAUCUGUUCGAUGAUCAGCUGAAGAAGAAGGAGCUGAGCCACAUGCAGGCGCUGGCAGAGGAGUGGAGGAGGAGAGAUGGAGAGAGAGAAGCUCUGGUCAAGAAGAAGGAGGUGGAGUUUAAUCUGCUGGAGGAGCAGCUCCAGAAAACUCUGUGUGAUUUGGAGAAAAGAGAGAAACAGCUGGCGGAGGCUGAACUCCAGACUCAGCGGCUGCAGAGGGACCUGCGAGCUGAACACGAGCUGACCCAGAGAGAGCUGCAGGAGAGAGGCCGGAGGCUGCAGCAGGACUCUGACCACCGGGUGGCGCUGGAGCGAGACAAAGUGCGACUGAUGGAGGAGGAGAGAGGACGGCUGCUGCAGCAGAUUUCAGACGCUGAGUCUCGGUACAAACAGCUGGAGAAAGAAUUUCAUCUCUACAGAGAACAACAGAACAUGAGGCCUGAGUUCAGACUGCAGUCAGAGGUCAACCUGCUGACGCUGGAGAAGGUGGAACUGGAGAGGAAGCUGGAGUCCACCACCAAGUCCAAGCUUCACUACAAGCAGCAGUGGGGGCGCGCCUUAAAAGAACUGGCCCGGUUCAAACAGCGCGAGCAGGAAAACGCCAUGACGCGUCUGAAGAAGCAGCAGGCGGAGCUGGAGGCCAUGAGGCAGCGUUACCUAGCAACGGAGGAGAAGGAGGUGGUCCGACAGGACAGACAGGAGAUGGACGACAUGAGGAACGAGCUCAACAGGUUAAAGCAGCAGGAGGAAAGAUUAGGCCCCGCCUCCUCCCUGUCGGGCCCCGGCCUCAACGAGAGCGCCGACGAGCACCUGAGCCGGCUGCUGGAGGAGAGAGACACUCUGCUGAGGACGGGCGUCUACACCCACGAAGACAGAAUCAUCGCUGAGCUCAACAGACAGAUACAGGACGCCAUGAGGGACACGGGGAACCUCUGACCCCCGCUGGAGCGUCCAAUCAGAGACACGUCUGAGGCCGCAGGUUUGAAUUUAUUCACGUCUGAAGACAUGAAUCAACUUUCUCCAGUUCAGUCUCUCGAGUCGGACGUUUCCAGAAUCACAGUCUCUGAUGAACAAAGAACUUAUUUCAAAACGACUAUUUAUCAAAUCUGUUAUUUUCUUUGUGUUUGUGUGGAAACGAAUCGAGUUGAAAUAUGUUAAUGAGCGAAUGUUUUCCAGUAAACAACAUUGAUACUGACAGAAUGUUAUUUAAAAC